AUGGAUGCAAAACCAACUGCCCCCAGCGAUCCUACCAGGUACGGCUCCUCCAGGGACCCUCCUAGAGGAGGCAGCGAUGCCAGGGGGCCUCCUAGAUGCAGCGCCUACCCCAGAGAUCCUUGUACGGGUGUUGGACCCAGGGGCCUCCAAGGUCCAAUUGCGCCCCCAGGGCAUCUCCCAGGGGCCCUCCUAAAGGGGUUGUGGACCUUCGAUGCCCUUCCAGGGACGUCGGCGACCCCAGGGGCUAACCCAGGUGCAAAACCAACUGUCCCCAGCGAUCCUACCAGGUACGGCUCCUCCAGGGAUCUUCCUAGAGGAGGCAGCGACUCCAGGGGGCCUCCUAGAUGCAGUGCUGACCCCAGAGAUCCUUCUAUGGGCCUCGGACCCCAGGGGCCUCUAAGGGCCAAUUGCGCCCCCAGGGGAUCUCCCAGGGGCCCUCCUAAAGGGGUCGUGGACCUCAGAUGCCCUUCCAGGGACGUCGGCGACCCCAGGGGCUUUCAUAAGGGCAGUGGCGACCCAGGGCCUAUCGAAGGGGCGGCAGCCCCCUCAGGGACCCUCUAA